UAUUUUUAAGUUGGUAACGAGAAGACAGGAGUCACAUGCAGAGGGAGACAUAUCAAAAGCAGAGUUUUAACAAACCACAUCCACCUGCCACCACCCCCAUAUCCUCUCUCUAAUCUUCUCACGUCAUUUCUAUUUCUCUUACUCAUCAGAAAACACACAAGACAAUGUUUUUGUUUUGUACUCUGAGCAGAAACACAGAGUAGAAAACAGAGGAACAUUUGGCAGAGUAUUUCUCUUGUUCCCUCUGCUUGGCUUUAUCUGUUUCUCAGUAUCUGAAAGUGUUUCUGUCUUUUUUUUCUUCUUGGGUUUGUGAGAUUUAUCAGUGACAUUUCCCUGAAUUUUCUUCUGAAGGAUUCCUACACAAAGGACUCUCUUUUGUUCUGUAAUAAACAGAGCUUUUUUUUUGUUGGUGUCGUCGACGAGAUAACUCACGAAAAGGGGAGGGAAUAUAUAAGCAGCUGUAAUUAGCUGGAGGGCAAUGGUGUUCUCACAUUGAGCUUUGCCUAAGGCCAAUUUUAUUGGAAUCUAAAUUUGAUAAAAAGCUUAACUCUUUUGGAACUAUAUGAAAUUAUGUAAGGUGGGUCAUUCUCGUUAUGGUUCCAUGGUGGUUGCUUGUUGAUGGAGAUAUAACGAAACCUUGAAGUUAUUCCAAGACAAAGAAGUGUUAUACUGUAUAGUUCCAGAGCCAAGAAGAUAAAAAGAGUUGCUAUUCAUGGCUGCGAGGCUUUUGCAUACAUUGGCAGAUGAAAACUCUGAUCUACAGAAGAAAAUUGGAUGUAUGAAUGGGAUUUUUCAACUCUUUGAUCGUCACCAUGUUCUCACAAACCGGCGAAAAAGUCUUACUUUAGGUAAUGCACAUGUCAAUAAUAUCAACUUUGAGAGAGACUCUGCAUUACAGGUUCAAGACACCAACAUUAUCAACAGCGGAAAUGCUCAACUAACAAGGGUAUCAACAGAAUCUUCUAGAGUUUCCUUCUCAUCAUCAUGUUCAUCAUCUUCCCCAUUGUCUUCUGACCUCAACAAAGAAACUCAACCUGAGAUUUCACCGUACGACCGAGUCAUUUUCCAAGAAUCUCCAGCGAUGAGCCAAGGAAGCGGGUUGGGACUUGACCUUAGAGAUGUUGUUAGAGACUCCAUGUACAGAGAAGCAAGAGGAAUUUCUGAAGUAUCCAGACACAACAAGAGAAGAGAUGAUUCUCCAAGACCACCCUAUGGUCUGAAACAAUCCACUCCUGUUGAUUUCAAUGAAUCCUGCAAAGCUCUAGCCAAACUCAACACUUCUCAGUAUUAUUACAACGAGGUUGACUUGAAAGAUGCUUCUCGUUACUAUGUUGAUUCUCACAAGAAGAAGUCUAAAUCCAAGAAGAAGGUGAAAGAGUCUCCUAAGCUUUCUUUGGACAGUAGAGACCACCUUGAUCUCAAGUCAGGCAAUAACAAUAAGCUUGUGGAGAGUUUCAGUAGAAGCUCUAGCGUGAACAAACGGCCUCCUAGUGUUGUUGCAAAGCUAAUGGGGUUGGAGACAUUACCUGGUUCUCCACUGAGAAGAGACCAUAAGAGUGAUCCGUUCUCAAGGUCAUUGAGGGAGAAUAGCAUGAACCGGACUAUCCGGUUAUCUCCUAGCUCACCAAGGAAGGACCUGGCUUCUUCUUCUACUACUUCAUCACCAAGAUGGAGAAGCUCUGAGUUUGUAAUGAAACCUUUAUCAAGUUUGAGGUUUCCCAUUGAACCAGCUCCAUGGAAGAAGCAAGCCUGCAGGCCUGUGAAAGCUCUGUUGAAAGAUCUCGAGUUUAAGCAUUCGGUUAAGGAUCUCAGAGCUAUUAAUAAGAUAGUAGAGGCAAUGCAGACAAAAAGUGUCAAGCAGCAAGAAUGCUCAACAAACUCAAGAGGCUUGCAAAGCCAGGUGAUGCCAUCAUCCACUAUGAGAGGAGGACCAAUUGUGAUAAUGAAACCUGCUAGACUUGUUGAGAGAUCUUGUGUUCCUUCAUCAUCUCUGAUUCCCAUUCACAGUCUUAAUAGAGAAGAAGAGUCUGUGAAUGUUAAAAGAAACUCAACUAGUAAGAAGGCUGCAAAAGAUAACAGAAACGUCACUACAAGGAGUGCAGGAGCUGCUAGUCCAAGACUGAGUCAUAUGAAGAAGCAUGAGAAUGAGAAGCGUUCUCGCCCACCACCUAUACCAUCUGAUUCAAGCAAAUCAAGAAGACAAACAAACAAAGAACCUGCUACUUCUCCUGGUGGUAGGCGUAGUAGACAAGGUGGUAGAAAGAGUCAAACUGUAAUAGAGACAGCAAAAACAGUAGUCUCUAACUUAAUGAAGAACGCUAGUGGAGAUGGAUCAUCGGAGCAUCCAAGUCCAGUUUCUGUUCUCAACGCAUCAAUCUACAGAGACAUCAAACCAUCUCAAGCUAGUGAAGGCACCAAGAGUACUGAUCAUGUAACAGGUGGUGAAGAAGACGAGUGGAAUCCAGCUUACAGCUUCUCAAAGACAACAACCACCUUGUCCCCAGAGGUAAACCGGAAGAAGCUUCAGAACGUGGAGCAUUUGGUUCAGAAGCUGAAAAGAUUAAACUCUAGCCACGACGAAGCAAGCCAAGACUACAUUGCAUCGCUAUGCGAGAACAGUGGUGCUGACACUGAUCACAGAUACAUUUCAGAGAUUCUGUUAGCCUCUGGUCUUCUCCUGAGAGACUUAGCCUCAGAGUCAACCACGUUUCAACUCCACUCUUCAGGCCAUCCUAUUAACCCUGAGCUGUUUCUCGUUCUUGAGCAAACUAAAGGAAGCAGUGGUGGCAGCAAUGAGAAGAAGCUCAACCGCAAGCUUGUGUUCGACGCUGUUAAUGAGAUGCUUGUGAAGAAGUUAGCUAUUGUUGAUGCAGAGCCAUGGAUGAAGCGAGGUAAAGGGAUGAAGAGGAGGGUGUUGAGUGCGCAACAGCUCUUGAAAGAGCUGUGUUCAGAGAUAGAAACAGUGCAAAAGGAAGCCAAGAGGAGAUCAGAUAACUUGUUCUUGUUGGGGGAACAAGAAGAGGACUUCUUGAAAUGUAUGUUGGAUGAAGAUAUGGAGAUGCGGUCUGGGAAAUGGACGGAGUUUGAUGAUGUAGUCCCGGGUAUAGUGCUUCACUUGGAGAGGCUUCUCUUCAAGGACCUGGUGAGUGAGGUCGUGCAUGGUGAGAUUGAUCGGCUGCAACCUACUCCAAGCAGACGAGUAGUUAUUACUGAUUCAUAAGCUUGUCUUUUUUGUAUCCUCUGUACUUUAAAGCCAGUAAAUAAAUAAUAUAUAAGUCAAAAGUCAUGUAAACAUUCUACUUAUUUUUGUUCUAUGUUCUUUCUCUUCAAUGUUUGGUGAUAAAUAAAUAAAAGUGCUCGUAUAUCAGCUA